UGUCCUUGGACUUUGAGCAGAGAUGGGGGACUGGUCUCUUCUUGGGAAUUUCCUUGAAGAGGUCCAGGAGCACUCCACUUCCGUGGGAAAGGUUUGGCUCACCGUCCUUUUCAUCUUCCGCAUCCUGGUUCUGGGCACGGCAGCGGAGUCCUCCUGGGGCGAUGAGCAGAGUGACUUCCUGUGUGACACUCAGCAACCCGGUUGCACCAACGUUUGCUAUGACAGUGCCUUCCCUAUCGCCCACAUCCGCUACUGGGUGCUGCAGAUCGUGUUUGUCUCCACGCCCUCCCUGAUCUACAUGGGCCAUGCUAUGCACAUAGUUCGUAGGGAGGAGAAGAGGAAGAGGAUUGAGCAGGAGGAGAGGGAGGCGAGGGAGGAUGAUGGAGAAGACCUGCAGAGGGAGAAGGAGUACCUCCAGCAGAAGGAGAACAGGAAGGAGAUAAUAUCUGAGGGAACUGGUGCGGUUCGCUUAAAAGGAGCCCUGCUCCGCACUUACAUCCUGAGCAUCCUGAUCCGAACAGUGAUGGAGGUGACCUUCAUAGUGGUGCAGUAUCUAAUCUAUGGGGUGUUCCUCAAGGCGCUGUACCUCUGCAAGGCAUGGCCCUGUCCCAACCCCGUGAACUGUUACAUGUCGCGGCCCACCGAGAAAAACGUCUUCAUUGUCUUCAUGCUGGUGGUAGCCGGCGUGUCUCUUUUGCUGUCUGUGUUGGAGCUCUACCAUCUUGGUUGGAAGAGCAUUAAGGCUUGCAUACGUAAAAGGAUGGUAGAAAAGAACAACCAAAAAACCAUGACCGUGGUUGUAAAAUCCAGUAACCAGCCCCAACCUUCUGACUCCUGCACCCCACCCCCUGAUUUCGAACACUGUCUGACACCGCAGGAGUCCAUGAACCCCAUGACCUCCAUCGCCUCCCAUCCUUUUAACACCAGGAUGGCUCUGCAGCAAAACUCAGCCAACCUGGCAACUGAACGGCACCACAGUUGUGACAACCUAGAGGAUGAGCAGGAUUUCCUGAGGAUCAGAUAUGAGCAGGCCCCUGCGGAGCUACCAAACGGCUGCUCAUCGCUGAUGCAUUCAGGCUUCCUGAAGGACAAAAGACGCUUGAGCAGGACCAGCGGCACCAGCAGCCGGGCGCGCCAAGACGACCUGGCAGUAUAGAUGGUCUCAAAGAGAACCAAAAUGAGGAUAGAGCCAUGACUUAUAAGCACAACUCUAAAGCCUCGCAAAAAUAUCAACAUCCCUUCAGCUUUUAUUACAUGUUUUCAAGUCAGAACCACAAGUUUUACAGUUUAUCAAAAGUUAUGGGGAUCAACCAGCUUAAAGUGUUAUUUUAGGUGAAGGAAAAUCAAUCAAUCAAGUUUAUUUGUAUAGCCCUUUACAAUAGCCAAAUGGUACCCAAAGUGCUUUACAACAAAGCCAUAAAACAAUACAUAACACAUACAAAACAUUAAAUAGUUAAGACAUUAAAUAGUUAAAAGUCUGAGGCGUGCAUCAUAUUUACCUUCACAAAACUAGAUGUUAAAUUUAGUCCACUCCCCUUUCGUUAGGUAGCACAUGCCCAGCCAUAAUGGAUGAGGAAGGUCUAUGACCACAUGUAGACGUUUCCCAAAACAUCAGAAUUACAUUUACUUUGAACAAACACCAGCGAACUGCAUUGUGUAAAAAUGGUUGUGUGCUUCUGGUUAUUUUCUAUCAAAAAGUGAAUUUCAAAACAAGUUUUUAGGGAUUCUCUAUUAGGUCCUAAUCUUCUUUAAACUUCAUCUCUAACUCUGUUUUGGUCCUUGCUUUUCAUAAUGCUAAUUGUUCUUUUUUUCAAGCAAACCUAUGAGACUCUCAUCACUUAAAUUAUAAUGAUAUAUUAAAGACGGGUGGAUUCUAGGAUUACUUUAAAAAGCAGUUAAUUGCUGGGUUUGCAUUUUACAGUUAGAAAAAUAAGAGAGGACACAACUUUUCAGAAAGCGCUGAAUCAUUGUCAUUUCACUACAAAAAUUUCUGUAAAAUUGUUUUGGUCAAUUGAAGUUUAUGGUUUCAAUGCAAGAACAUGCGAAUAAAUCAUCAAGGAGCUGAAAAAUGUUUUGGCAGGAUGUAAGUUUAAUAGCCCUAAAAGACAAUACUGUCAUAGGGGCUGACUUUUUAUACCAUCUACGGACGAUUUACAGAACACUGACCUGUGAAAAGACUGCACAAAUGUUACAUACGAAUGCUUUCUGGACAGAUAAGGAGGCGUGUUACUAAGCUUGAAAUUAAUAAUUUUAAAACGAACUGCAAAAAUACAUCGGGUUAACAGAGAAAUUGAAAUUGAUAUACUGAAUAAUUUUAUUUUCGAUGUUAUUUAAUUUUAAAUCAAAUUCAUCUCUUUCUUUGUUAUUUUCCAUUUUACCAAUCCCAGAACUUGGCAUCAUUAAGAGAUGAGGAAUAUUUAUGGCAUUAACUGUGAACAGUUUUCAUAUUUGCAUGAAAAUAAAAAGUGCCUUGAAAGGUUAAAGAGGAUAGAUUUUUUAUUAUUAUUAUUCUCUCUGCAGCUUCUUUUACUAAUUCAAUUGCACUAAACAUUUUGAUCAAAAAAGAAACAAAGAGAUAAAAGAAUAAUAACUUUGAUAUGUGAAAAAACUUUCCUUUAUGUUUGUGUGCAAACGUGAUGUCAGAAUGUAGCUUCUUAUAUUGUCUCUCUGAAGGUAUUCAAAGUCUAAAUUUGAAAGAAUGUUUCCUGCUGAGAUGUAGCGUAAUGAGCAGAUUCUGCCACUAGGUGGCGACAAUGCACUUGUGUUUUUCAGAUUGUAUUCUGGAUUUCUUAUAUAAUCAUUCCUAUGCAAUAUGUGUUCUUUUUUACUCUGUAUGUAUUUUUGUUUUACUUUCAUUCUAUAUAGAAAAUAUUUGUGCAAACAAAUAAACAAAUUUAUUUGCAAUUGGACGUCGGAAGAUCAUCC